AUGAGACUAGAAGGAGUUUCACCGAACAAGAUGAGCCAGUUUGCUGUUGUGCUUGAGGUUUUUGAAGUUGCUCCUUCACUGUUCAUGGUAGAUGUUCGGAAGGCUGCUGGGGAAACUCUUCAGUACCACAGGUUCUACAAGAAUCUUUGUAGUAAGCUGGAGCAUAUUAUUUGGAAACCAGCAGAUGGAGCUGAUAAAUCUGGUAUUCUGAAAACGGACGUAGCCUCCAUUAGAGAAGAAGUGUAGAAGCGAAUAGUGAAUAACCUGAAUGGAUGGCUUUGAUCACCGAUGUUUUGAGAGUACAAACUAACUUUGUUUAGGAUCUGUAUAGAUCAUGAGUGUAUUCAUCCUCAACAAAGUUGUUCAGGUACAUUCCAGAUCACAGAUUUGUAGCUCCAUAUUUGUAUGAGCUUGCCAAUAGCAAAAUGCAGGAAACCUAUGUGUAGAAAGCAUGUUAUGUAGCUGUAACUGCUUGUAAGGAAGUUGGUGAUGCCUAAAAGGGUUUCUCUUCCAUGACCUAUUAUUAUUAUUAUUAAACUGCUUUGGUACAGUUAAAAUGCCCAUUUAUAAUUUUCAUCUUUUACAAUUGGGAUGCAAAUAUUUCAUUUUUACA